UAAAUAUAAAACAAUAUUAUUAUGAUAUUCUAAUACUUAAAAAUUGUAAUCUCUAUGAUAGACAACCUUAAACGAAAGAAAUCCUCACUACACCAACGCACUCUGGCGGUAUAUUUAGAAAAUAUUUGAUGUAUUUACAUAUUUGUGUUUCGAAUAUUGGCACUACUGUAUUGAGUCUACAGAAGUGAUUGUCAUACGAAUGGGACUUACUAGUGUUUACAGUAUGUAAUUUUGUAUUACUAUCGUUUGGAAUAAUAACAAAAUUACGAUGUUUAUUAAACCGUUCAAAGUGAAAUCUAAUAACCAAUUAAAGGGUACUGAAAGAAAGAAACUAUGCGAGUAUGUAUUAUCAACGUAUCCUUGUCUAACAGAAGAAACGGUACAAGUUUUGUUACCUAAAAAAGAAUCGAUUACUGUAAUGAGAAUAGUAACUCAUCAUGGUCAACUAUGUAAAUUAUAUUGCGUUGCGAGAAUACCAUUGUUCUUUCAAUUGGAGACAUCCUCGUCGAUGUUUUUUCCAACAAUCUACACAUUAUGGCAUCAUCCACAUUUAUUACAUGAUUUUACUAUGCGUAUUCAAGUAUUACCAAAAUUGAUUGAAGGGGCAGAUUUGAUGUUACCUGGCUUAGUAGUAAAAGAACCAAUAACAUUUUACUCUUAUGGUAAAUUGGCAAAAGGUACACCGGUAUCUGUGAACACAGAAGAAAAUAAGGCACCAAUAGCUGUUGGCAUCACUGCGCUCUCCAGCGAAGAUAUGUAUUUAUCUGCAGGUCGUGGAAAAUGUAUACAAAUUUAUCAUGUAAUGGGUGAUAAUCUUUGUCAAUUAGGAAAAUCACCUGUUAGACCUGAUCUUGGUCUUCCAAAUGUUUCUGCAGAAGAUCAUUUGGAUGACAAUGAAAAAGAUAAUGAAAAAUCAGAAAUUACAAAAACUGAUUCUGAUGAUACUAAACCACUGUCUAAUUUAAUAAAUGAAUUAGAGAUUGGUAAUGAUGAUGUUAAUGCUGAUAAAACAGACUGCAUAUCUCAAGAUAUUACAAAUGAAACGGAGGAACAAGCAGAAAGCACAACAAACACAAAUUCUGUAACAUCUGAAUUUAUAGAUCUCACAAAAGAAAUGGAUGAAUUAUUAGAAUAUUGCUUUUUAAAAGCAUGCAAAACAACGCUCAAAGCCAACGAUCUGCCUAUGUUAACUUCUAAUUUUUUUAAAAAUCAUUUAUUAACGGCCUGCCCAUCAGAUAAAAAUAUAGAUAUAAAAAAAUCACGAUACAAGAAGCUAUCCGUUUUUCUGGCAGAUAUGAAGUCCAAAGGACUUAUCAAUACUUCUGUGACAAAAGGAGUAGAAAGUUUAUUAUCAGUGGAGUUUAAACAUCCCUUACUAAAGGAAUUAGUUAUUACCGAAACACCAGUACCAUCAGAACCAGUUGCUUCAAAUACAGUUGGUGUAUCAGACUGUUAUAAAGUAACUACUGAUGUUUUACCAAUAUUAACGAUAUAUGGAUACGAAAAAGGCGACACUAUAGAAAGACGACAAAUCAGAGAGUGUUUUACAAAAUAUGUCAAACAAGAAAAUCUUCAAGAUGGGAAAAUUCUGAAGCUAAAUCCACAACUUGCUGGAAUUUUAAAAACAAAAGAACACCAAGAAACUUUGUCGAUGGAGGAUGGAAUUAAUAAGUUUGUAGGUCGCAUGACGCAUAUGCAUCAAAUAACUUUAGCUGGUACAACGAUCUUGCACAAAGGAAAAUUGGAACCAAUUGACAUGAGAGUAACCAUGAGAUCAGGAGGAAAAAAAGUUACAUUAGUAAAUAAUCUAGAAGCAUUUGGAAUAAAUUCCAAAGACUUUAGCAAAGAGUGUCAAAAUAUUGGCGCAAGUGCUACGGUCACGGAUGAUCCUGGAAAGAAAACACCAAGUGUUCUAGUACAAGGAAAUCAAAUCUUAUAUGUAUACAAACUAUUAACAGAAAAAUAUGGAAUUAAAAAAACUUAUAUACGAGGUUUGGAAUUUGCACCGAAAAAGUACAAUGCCAACAAAAAAAAAUAAACUAUCUAUGAUAACAGAAUGCAUUCUAAUAAUAUUUGAAUAAUUAUGACAUAUAUACAAUAUUAAACGUAAUGCAUCAUCAAAAAUGUUAUUAAAAUCAGUCUGAUUCUUUUAACGUGAACGAGUAUAUGUUCUACACGUAAAAUUUCUAAUUUUCUAUAUAAAGAAUUUAUUAUCGUUGUAUCAUUCAGAAAGCAUUUUUUCCAUUUAAUCGACGAAUUCAUCAUGACUCCUAUAAUAAUAAAAUUUUCCUUCUUCGACUAAAUAAUAAUUACAUACAUAUAUAUUAUAAGAAUACAUAGAAAAUAAACGUGCGUCAAAUAAAUUAUUGAAAUAAUAGAUUUAAAAAAAAAAAAGAGAGAGAGAGAGAAAAACAUAAAAGAAAAUCCAACCUUAUAACCAACUACUGUUCGAGGAUUUGUAAUGGUAAGUAAUUAAGAUCGAUUAAAGUUUGUUAAUAUAAUUUAUUGUAUAUCGAGGUUUCAACAUGGAAAAGUACAAAUAUUGCAAUAUAGGGCCCGCGAGUUCUCCUCGGAUAGGAGGGAGGGAGGGAGGGAGGGAGAGAGGGAGAGAGAAGGAUGUCAAGUUAAAGGGUGGGACAAGACAUCGCGACAAAAUAUACGAACGCGUCGAAAUGUUUUCUCAUCUCGUUAUGUGUAUACUUGAAAAUUUCAAAUCACAUUCACAUUUAUACCUUUUCAAUUCUUUUCUCUUCUUCUUCUUCGUUCUGCCCUGGCGUUAUUAUUAAUAUUAAUAUUAUUAUUAUUAUUAUUAUUAUUCGCCAUUUUUUUUAAUAUAUAUUCUGCUCGACGAGGAAUAAAAUCAUUUUUAACGGAAGAAACGAACACGAUUAUUGUUCGCAAGUACUUAUAUGACAUUUUAUCAUCAUAUAUAUCGCGGUGUAAUGAGUGUGAGCGCGUACGUAUGCGUAUGCGUACAUACGUGCGUUCUUUCUUAUCUUUUUCUUUUCUUCUUCUUCUUCUUCUUCUUC